AUGGACAUUCUCCUCUCUUCAGUUCUUGGUGAUCUCACAUCUAGAUCCAUAAAUUUCUUCACCAGCAAAGUCUCCAACAGGACUCUGUUCGACGUGAAGGAUCGCCUCCACAAGGUCUUGCUCAGGGCACAAGUUAUCAUUGAUGAGGCCAUGGGGCGGCACAUCACAAACCAAGCUAUGAUCAUCCAGCUGGGCAUGCUAAGAGAUGCCGUGCACCGAGGUUACUACAUGCUCGACACCUACAUAUACCAACCUAACAACGAGGAGGAAGCCAAAGAUCAGGUUAUGAGACAGUACUCUUCAUCUCUAUCAAUAGUAAAUUCUGUAAAGUGUCUAUGUCUGUCCAGUAGAGGUGAUGGUCUGGCUUUGAAAGAGCUUCAAGAGAUGGUUGACAAUUUAAGCUCCAUGAUCGUUGAUGCGAAUGAGCUCGUCCUGUUCUUGACAAGUUACCCUCGCCUCUAUCGCCAACCUUACAGCAUGCAUCUCCAACUGGCCUACUGCAUGUUUGGCCGCCAAAUGGAAGCACAACAAGUGAUCAACUUCUUGUUGCACCAACAACCUAAUAGUGUUGAGGACCUGGAUGUGAUGCCGAUUGUUGGAGCAGGCCAUGUCGGCAAGAGCACCCUUGUCUCUCAUGUUUGCAAGGAUGAAAGAGUACGUGCUCAUUUCUCAGGAAUCUUAUACUUUCACAUCCAGGGUUUCGCAGAUGACGACCUAGCUGCUUUUAAAGAUGAAUGUGAACUCAAACAUCGAAAUCUCGUAUCUGAGUCAAACUUGGAAGGAAGGCUGCUCAUUGUUAUUGAGUUAAUUGGGGAUAUUAAUGAAGAUUCAUGGAGUAGGUUGUAUUCUACUUCUAAAGAGUAUGCACCAAAGGGUAGUAAAAUCAUAGUGACAAGCCGGUUUGAAAAUAUUGUUAAAUAUGGAACAGCACAAACUCUAACUAUGAAGUAUCUCUCCCAUGAGGCAUUUUGGUAUUUCUUCAAGACACUUACGUUUGGAAGCAUGGAUCCUAAGAUGCACCCAAGGCUCACACACAUGGCUAUGGAAAUAGCUAGGAUGGUGAGAAGAUCCUACAUUGGUGCAAACAUCCUUGCUUCUUUGCUGAGGGAUAACUUCAACGUCCAUUUUUGGUGCAAGAUUCUUGCUUUCUUGAGAGGGUAUCAUCGGAUCCAUUUCUCCAGAUUUGAUGAGCAUCCGUGUGAUCGUCUAAACCAGAAUAGGCCUGCACUUAUUAUGAGAUUGAGUACAUCAUCUCAAGAGAUUGUGCUUGGUCAUCGGUAUCAACGCUUUUCAGAAGAAGAGGUUCCGACGAUGAAAAUCCAAGAUGUAAUGUACGGAAGUGUAAAGGUUGAUGGAAAAUUUGAGGUGCUAUCAUGGAGGUCUCCUAUACCACCCUACUAUAGUUAUGUCCACACUUGUGAGACCCGAGAGAUAGAAGCUAGAUCUGCGAAGAGGAAGCGUACUAUAUAG